AUGUAUUUUACGGCUGAAUGGCUUCUAUGGGAUAUUGUAGAUAAAUUCGGCUAUGUUCUCAACGAAAAGUUCCUUUUUGUAUUGGAAACCGUGAGUCAAGCCAUCCUAGAAAUAUUGACUGAAUGUUGCCAAAUGGCAACAUCCGGCCGGAAAGGGUUACAAACGCUUGUACGGCAAGGUAUUCCAGAAACAUUACGUGGUGAAGUUUGGCAAUUAUUAGCUGGAAGUGUUAAAGAUGAAAAUGAAAUAAUUAAUACGUAUCGUUUACUAUUAAUAAAAGAAUUAGCAAGUGAAAGAAUUAUUAUUAAUGAUCUUAAUCGAACAUUUCCAGCUCAUGAAUAUUUUAAAGAACAAGGAGAAAUUAGUCAAGAAACUUUAUAUAAAUUAAGUCGAGUAUGUGAAAAAUAA